GCCCUCCGCCUCCCUUCCCCCUCCCCGCCCCGCAGCGGUCGCUCGGGCCCCGGCUCUCGGUUAUAAGAUGGCGGCGCUGAGCGGCGGCGGCGGCGGCGGCGGCGGCGCGGAGCAGGGCCAGGCUCUGUUCAACGGGGACAUGGAGCCCGAGGCCGGCGCCGGCGCCGCGGCCUCUUCGGGCGCGGACCCUGCCAUUCCCGAGGAGGUAUGGAAUAUCAAACAAAUGAUAAAGUUGACACAGGAACAUAUAGAAGCCCUACUGGAUAAAUUUGGUGGGGAGCAUAAUCCACCAUCAAUAUAUCUGGAGGCCUAUGAAGAAUACACCAGCAAGCUAGAUGCCCUCCAACAAAGAGAACAACAGUUAUUGGAAUCCCUGGGGAAUGGAACUGAUUUUUCUGUUUCUAGCUCCACAUCAACAGACACUGUUACAUCUUCUUCCUCUUGUAGCCUUUCAGUGCUACCUUCAUCCCUUUCAGUUUUUCAAAAUCCCACAGAUGUGUCACGGAGCAACCCCAAGUCACCACAAAAACCUAUCGUUAGAGUCUUCCUGCCCAAUAAACAGAGGACAGUGCAGCCCAGUAGCCUGAGAGCAGCCGUGCGUGCCCGAGGUGGCAGCAGUGGCAGCAGCCGAGUGGCCUGGUUGCGGCCGUGCCCCCAGCAGCCACCCAGAAUCUCCUCCUGGCACGCGGCCGCCUGGGCCAGACCCCAAGGCUACUGCCAGCGUGCAGCUGCCCGGCACAGGCAGAAGAAACUGGGAGAGAAGAAACCAAUUGGCUGGGACACUGAUAUUUCCUGGCUUACUGGAGAGGAAUUGCAUGUAGAAGUGUUGGAAAAUGUCCCACUAACAACACACAACUUCGUACGGAAAACUUUUUUCACCUUAGCAUUUUGUGACUUUUGUCGAAAGCUGCUUUUCCAGGGUUUCCGCUGUCAAACAUGUGGUUAUAAAUUUCACCAGCGUUGUAGUACAGAGGUUCCACUGAUGUGUGUUAAUUAUGACCAACUUGAUUUGCUGUUUGUCUCCAAGUUCUUUGAACACCACCCAAUACCACAGGAGGAGGCCUCCUUAGCAGAAACUGCCGCAUCUGGAUCAUCCCCUUCUGAACCCCCAUCCAAUUCAAUUGGGCCCCAAAUUCUCACCAGUCCAUCUCCUUCAAAAUCCAUUCCAAUUCCGCAGCCUUUCCGACCAGCAGAGGAAGAUCAUCGAAAUCAGUUUGGACAACGAGACCGGUCCUCCUCAGCUCCAAAUGUGCAUAUAAACACAAUAGAACCUGUCAAUAUUGAUGAAAAAUUCCCAGAAAUGGAAUUACAGGAUCAAAGGGACUUGAUUAGAGACCAAGGGUUUCGUAGUGAUGGAGCCCCUUUGAACCAGCUGAUGCGCUGUCUUCGGAAAUACCAAUCCCGGACUCCCAGUCCCCUCCUACAUUCUGUCCCCAGUGAAAUAGUGUUUGAUUUUGAGCCUGGCCCAGUGUUCAGAGGAUCCACCACAGGUUUGUCUGCCACCCCCCCUGCCUCAUUACCUGGCUCACUCACUAAUGUGAAAGCGUUACAGAAAUCUCCAGGACCUCAGCGGGAAAGGAAAUCAUCUUCAUCCUCAGAAGACAGGAAUCGAAUGAAAACACUUGGUAGACGAGAUUCAAGUGACGAUUGGGAGAUUCCUGAUGGGCAGAUCACAGUGGGACAAAGAAUUGGAUCUGGGUCAUUUGGGACGGUCUACAAGGGAAAGUGGCACGGUGAUGUGGCAGUAAAAAUGUUGAAUGUGACAGCACCAACACCUCAGCAGUUACAGGCCUUCAAAAAUGAAGUUGGAGUACUCAGGAAAACUCGACAUGUGAAUAUCCUACUCUUCAUGGGCUAUUCAACAAAGCCACAGCUGGCUAUUGUUACCCAGUGGUGUGAAGGCUCCAGCUUAUAUCACCAUCUUCACAUCAUUGAGACCAAAUUUGAGAUGAUCAAACUUAUAGACAUUGCAAGGCAGACUGCACAGGGCAUGGAUUACUUACACGCCAAGUCAAUCAUCCACAGAGACCUCAAGAGUAAUAAUAUUUUUCUUCAUGAAGACCUCACAGUAAAAAUAGGUGAUUUUGGUCUAGCCACAGUGAAAUCUCGAUGGAGUGGGUCCCAUCAGUUUGAACAGUUGUCUGGAUCCAUUUUGUGGAUGGCACCGGAAGUAAUCAGGAUGCAAGAUAAAAACCCUUACAGCUUUCAAUCAGAUGUAUAUGCAUUCGGGAUUGUUCUAUAUGAAUUGAUGACUGGACAGUUACCUUACUCAAACAUCAACAACAGGGACCAGAUAAUUUUUAUGGUGGGACGAGGCUAUCUGUCUCCAGAUCUCAGUAAGGUACGGAGUAACUGUCCGAAAGCCAUGAAGAGAUUAAUGGCAGAGUGCCUAAAAAAGAAAAGAGAUGAGAGACCACUCUUUCCCCAAAUUCUCGCCUCUAUUGAGCUGCUGGCCCGCUCAUUGCCAAAAAUUCACCGCAGUGCAUCAGAACCGUCCUUGAAUCGGGCUGGCUUCCAAACAGAGGAUUUUAGUCUAUAUGCUUGUGCUUCUCCAAAAACACCCAUCCAGGCAGGGGGAUAUGGAGAAUUUGCAGCCUUCAAGUAGCCACACCAUCAUGGCAACAUCUACUCUAAUUUCUUAAGUCUUGUGUUCAUACAAUUUGUUAAAAUCAAAACACAGUUCUGUUCCUCAAAAAAAAUUUUUAAAGAUACAAAAGUUUCAAUGCAUAAGCUGAUGUGGAACAGAAUGGAAUUUCCCAUCCAACAAACGAGGGAAGAAUGUUUUAGGAACCAGAAUUCUCUGCUGCCAGUGUUUCUUCUUCAACACAAAUACCACGUGCAUACAGUCUGCUUACUCCCGGGAAGACAGAGGAGAGACCCUGAGUUCUGACCUUUUGAUGGUCAGGCAUGAUGGAAAGAAACUGCUGCUACAGCUUGGGAGAUUUGCUAUGGAAAGUCUGCCAGUCAACUUUGCCCUUCUAACCACCAGAUCAGUAUGUGGCUGAUCAUCUGAUGGGGCAGUUGCAAUUACCAAGCAUCAUUCUCUUUCCUGUUCUGGGAUUUGUUGUGGAGCUUUCCCCUAGCCACCGCCGGUCAGUUUCUGAGGGAAGGAACAAAAAUGCAGCAUGCCCUUUCUGUGUGGUGCAUGUUCAGUUUUUGACAGAUUUUUAUCAAAAUGAAGCUAUUUUAUUUCAAUGGAAGUUGAGUUGUGAGGAGAAGAUAGGUUUUGGUGUAGAGGACAAGGGGAUGCUGCAUCUUUCUCCCGACCUCCUGGGUCUCUGGCCUUCUGCCCCCUGGCUCCCUGAGGGUGUCCUCACGACCGCGCGGGCUGGAGAGCGCUGGCACACGCGGCCUUCUCUUCCCCCUGGGUCCAGCAAUCAAGAUGAGUGUUCGGGGAUUUUCUUUUCCUCCACAGUAUAGCAAGUUCUCAGGAAAAUACAGUUGCUAUCUUCCUCCUAAGCUCUUCCAGUCAACCAAGUACUUAUGUGGCUACUUUGUCCAGGCACAGAAUGCCAUGGUGGUAUCUGAUUAAAAGCCUGCAAAACUGCUUGAUAACAGUUUUGAAUGUGAGACAUUUAUGUAAUUUAAAUGUAAGGUACAAGUUUUAAUUUCUGAGUUUCUUCUCUUAUAUUUUUAUUAAAAAGAAAAUAAUUUUCAGAUUGAAUUGAAUUGGAAUAAAAUAAUACUUCCCACCAGAAUUAUAUAUCCUGGAAAAUUGUAUUUUUGUUAUAUAAAUAGCUUUUAAAGAAAGAUCAUUAUCCUUUUCUCUACCUAAAUACAGGAAUCUUAGCAUAAUGACAAAUAUUUAUAAUUUUUAAAUUAAUGGUACUUGCUGGAUCCACACUAACAUCUUUGCUAAUAUCUCAUUGUUUCUUCCAACUUACUCCAACACUACGUCCUACAUCCUCUUUUUAGUCUUUCAUCUAGAAUAUGCAAUCUAAAAUAAAAAUGGUGGCAUCUCCAUUGAUUCUCCUUCUUCCUUUUUUCCCAAGCCUGGUCUUCAAAAGGUUGGGUACUCUGGCCGCUGAGUUCCCCAGGCAGAGAACAGAGCAAUUUUCAGUGUAUUGGGACUGAGGGAGGAUGUGUGAAGCCCAGCAUCAUUUUUUAUAGAAGGAACUGCUGUGGUAUUAAGAACCUCAUUCUUUAUCUUUGCAUAAAUGGAAAGUACAACCUAGUCAUAGCUGCUUCGGCCUUUACUGAGGGGCGGUAUAGAUCACAGUUGUGGCAAAGAAAGUGACUCUGGAUAUAUUAAUGUCAAAUUACUGACAAAUACCUCCCUUAUCAGGAGUCUAGAAUCUCUUCUCAGGAUUUAGGAAUGUAAAUCAAAUCAAAUGUACAUAGCCCAACCAAACUAUGUAGCCUAGGACCUGAAAAAAAAUUAGGACCCAUACAAUGUGUUGGAUAAUUAGAAAUUGUUAUUCAAAAAUUUUAAACUGUAACUCUCCCUAUUUCUCAGCCUACUAAAGCUUACUGCCAUUAGAUUUUUGCUGAUGCAACUGUAUUCAGAGGAAAGCCUACUGAAAAUUCCAUGGACUUGUAAAAUGUUGUCCCAGUAAAAUGGGAAGUAUCCUGAAGUUGAUAGUGAGUUUAAAUCAGUGUGUUCUUAAAUCUUAUGUGAACAGAGCAGUACCUUGACACAGUUCACAAUUUGCAAAGAUGGAGAUGAUUGGUGCUGAUGAGAUUAUGCCUCUCUCUUAAAAGCAUUGUUUGUUUUUUUACAUGUCCCCAUAGAUGCUUUUAAACAUUGUUGUAUUCCCUUUACCAAGGUUGGAGAGAGCUGUUGCAUGAACAGUAGGCGUGUUGCACUGAGCAAGUAGAGUCUCCACAGGAGCCAGCACAGGAACUAGGUAUGGAGGAAGCUUAGCAUUGGAAUUUCCACAACAAAAUUCAAGGUGAUGUGCUUUUUUCUUCCCUUUGUUUUUAGCAUAAGUUGCUUAUCUCAUUUGGAAAAGGGAUCAGACUUGAUCUCAAAUGAAGCUGUGCCCAGAAGCCAGGCUCAGGGUAUUCUUGAGAGAUUGUUAGCAUCCUUAAAAAAUAAAAAUUUAGUAUUUCCAUUUUGUUCCUUUUGUCCAUCAAAUAAUUUUUUUCUCUAGUUUGCAAAUGACAGGAAAAAGGGGUUUCCUCUGAGUUUUACUUGCUUUAUUUUUUGAUGCUUAGACUACAGGUAGACUUGUUGAGCUCCUAAUACAAGGAAGACCUCCUUGUUUGUGCAAAGCACUUUAAGAGUAAUCUGUAUAGAUAGUUUGUGGCUGCUUCACUGUUUAUCUCAUAGAGCUGUAAGUAUCUGUCUUUUCUGUAAAGUGGCUGCAGUGCCUUUUGUAGUAGUGUAUUUUAUUUUGAGUGAGGAGAGGUGAAGCUGCCUGAAAAUUUUGAGAACAACCUUAAAAGAUUGUUUUAAAGUAUGUAGUAUUCCUGAUGGACUUUUUCAUCAUUAAACUAGAGUCUAUGGUCUAGAUUUUUGCCACUGAAAUAAUACCAAAAAGUAGUUUAUAAAAGGGAUUUAUGAAUAGAAAAUCCAAUGUGGUCAUUUGUAUUUAUGUGUACCUUAAAAGAAGAUUCAGCCUAGCUGUUAAAUUCUGGUUCCUGAACAUCCAGUCCCUGAUUAUAUUUGAGAUCUUGUAUGACAUAUUGGGGCAUCCUAGAGGAUAAAAUCCCAUGUAAAGUAUAUAUGUUACAUUUGUGUUGAUGUUGGAGAGAAAAGAGCAUUAUAUAGUUACAGUUCAAGACUUCAACACUGUCAACCUGAAACUUUGUAAAUAUUUCCUAGCUUCUUGUUGGGUGCAGUCACUGCUCUUUUAUCACACAAUGUUACCUUUUAUUCAUCAGGCAGUGUUCCAACUGCUGCAUGCCCUCCUCAGAUCUCACCUGCCCCUCCUGUACAUUCACCUCUCCAGCCUCCUGCAAACCUCAUCUAGCUUUAGUUUGAAACACAUUGCAGGGUUCAGGUGACCUCUUCAAAAAAACUACCUCCUCAGAAUGAGGUAAUGAAUUGUUAUUUAAUUUAAAAUAUUAAAAGUCAGGAGCUCUAGAACAUGAAGACAAUUUGAGAUUUUAAUUUUUAUGUGUACUUGUUUCUUGAGCACUCUCAAGAAAUAUGUUUAAGCAGUAAUACUGAAAAACGUAGCUCAGAGUAUCUGAAUGUUGUUGAAAGUGGUGCCAGAAUCUGUCUAGAGGUAUGUUUCAGACUGGUAAUCUUAAAUCAGUUGCAUGAAAUUAAAUAGUUAUGGUAACAAUUCACUAACAGUGAUAUAACCUUAAUUUUCAGUAGGCUUGGCAAGACAUACAUCUUCAUAAUGAGUUAGCCACAGCUUUGUCCAUGCACAGGUAAUUCCUAUAAGAGAAACUGCCCAGCUAAGAGGGUGGAAUGAUUACCCAUUUUGCAAGAUUCUCUUUGUCCAAGUUGGCAUUGUUAGUGCUAGAAUAUCAGCACCUUGAGACUAGCAGAUUCCAACCAUUAGGAUAUUUAAAACAAAACAAAAACAUAGCCAGACAUGGAAAGUUUUACUGUAUGAACAGCAGAUAGCUUACCGGUCAUACGUUGAGGCUCUAGAAAAAUACCUUGAUGAUUUGCCAAAUGAACUUACUGUGCCUUCGUGAUGCAAUAAAAAAGCUAAAAUUUUAGCAGAAAUCUGAUUUGUGAAGAGAGCAGCCAUUCUGGUCUAACUCAGCUGUGUUAAUGUUUUUUAGAGUGCAAUUUAGACUGCAAAGAUAAAUGCACUGAAGAGUUUAUAGCCAAAAUCACAUUUAAAAAAUGAGAAAACAGGUAAAUUUUCAGUGAAAAAAAUUAUUUUUUUAAAGCACAUAAUCCCUAGUAUAAUCAGAUGUAUUUAUCACAUAGGCAACUAGGUUGAAAUUAUAGUUCAGUGACAUUUCUAGAGAAACUUUUUGUACUCCCAUAGGUUCUUCAAAGCUUGGAACUUUUAUAUAACACAACUGUUUGACAGACAUCUAAAGAAGUUGCUGUGGGUUAGGCUUGAAGUACUGUAUGCUGGGCAACAGUUAUGCAUUGACUAGUGGGGAGGGGCAUUAACAUGCAGGACAGAAUUUGACUGUAUCAGUUUCCCGCAUCUGCUGCCAACCUAGACACUGAUUUUUCAAAGUUUGAAAUGUAAGCUUGCCUCCCAGACCUUGUUUGCCAAUUAACUGGGAAUGUCCUGCUCUUCAGACUGCGGAGGGGGCUUUGGGAUAGUUAAUGAGCUGGCAGUGGGCGUGAACUGACACACUCCAUGGUGUGUUUCUUGUAUCUUGUUUCAUUCCUCGCCACCCCGAGAAAGGCAAUAUACUGUCCUAAGUGAGUUCUCUGGCCAUCUGACUGAGGUGCAUUGCUACCGGCAGAGGUUGUUGAGCACAUCAGGAGUGUAGUAGCGUCUGCCCAGUUUGUAUAUUGGCCAGAGGAGAAUGAAAUGGCUAGUGGCUCAUGUUCCAUGUUGCUAGCUCUGGUGAAACAGAAAAUACUGGUAAGAUUUUUGUUUUACCAGUACACUAAAGAGCAAACUUAGUCUUAUUGUUUCCAUAUAGCUUACUUUCAUUCUGCUUGAACAAAGACAUUGAAAUUGAAAUUCAGUCCUAAAUUUUGCCAGUCAUGGAAAGGGUAAUUAACAUUUUCUACCACGUUUUUAAAGGUAUAAGAGGACAGAAACUUAAGACCUAAAAUCUUAAAUUAAGGCAACAGUGCUUUAUUCUAAAACAUAUAGGGACCAUUAGUCCCCACCUCAAAAAAGUGAUUAAGUAGAUCUUGCAUUUCAACAUCUACAACUUCAAUUCUUGAUUUUUAAAAAUAUUUUUAAAAUUCUUCUUAACCUUUUGGCUCCCUUUACCCAAGUAUUAGUCUUAUUAAUUACUACAUCAGUUUAAUUAAAAUGUUUAAUUUUAUUAGUUGUUUUGACUACUAAUGACAAUAAAUAAUAUAACCAGUUGUGCGUGAAGAUACAGCCAUUGUAUCCAUUUGGGGGGGGUUAAGUUUUUUUUUUAAGAAUUCUAUAGAUUGACUACUUCAAUCUACAGUUGAAAACAACUGAAAUAUGUUUACUCAUGUUAGUAUAAAAAAAAAUUGUGGAGACCGUCUGCUUCUAGCACGUUGCCCAGCACCCAUGAGCCAGAUGAUUCUCAUCCCCGAGUCUGUGUGGGGAAUCAGGUGGGAUCCACUGAAGAGAUGUGGCAGAGGCAGGGUUCUGUUUACAGGGAUGGAGAUGGGGGUUAUGAGUAAGAUGCUUAAUACCGGUUUUGUUUUGAAAAUUAUUUUGUGUUGCAUUUGUGUGUUAAGCCUUUUUUAGCCCACAUGUGUUUUGGUGAGUAGAACUUCAGGCUAGCGUAAGCAACAAAGCUCAUGGACUAGGCAUAACUUUUUUUUAAAUGGACCAAAAUGGGAAGGGAGGGUGGUGUGCAAGCCUGGGGGUAGGUAAAAAUUGAUAGGGUGGUGGGAAAUAAUUAUGCUUAUCUGAAAUAAAAUAUAAGUGCAAUAAGUGUGCUUUUUAGUCGAAGCUGUGAACAGUUUUUAAAAAAAUCAUUCCUUCCCAAUACAUUUGUGUAUGUUCCUUAGCUGAUUAAAACCAGCUAUGUAAACAUAUGCCUUUUUAUUCGUGUUCUCUUUGUCUUAUUUAUCUUCAUUUUAUUAGUUUACACACAGGGGUGUGUGUGUAUGCUGUACUCUUGUCCCUCCUUCAUUUGAAAAUGCAUUCAUUGGGCCCUGUUUUCUUUGGCCAUAAUACAAGUCUUAGUUUGGCCUUCAUAUCACCCGAUUUGAAGAACUCUGUCAGUGUGACAUAUUUUUCUGGUAAUUGCAUUUGUUGGUUGUACGCUGACCCUUUCCUCACUCAGCACUUUCUUUCUCCUGAAACAGGAGCAUACAACUGAUCAGGGGAUUGAAUUUGUUCAUUGACUUACAUCCCUUUGGAUUCUGUUCAGUAGUUAGGAUUGCUGUUUGGUUUAGACCAAGAAAGAAAAAGGAAAUUACCCUACCCCACUUUUCACUUCUUGGUUUGAGGACAAUUCUUCUGUAAGGGAGAGGAAAGGGAAAUCCUUCAUGUUUUAACUGCAGUGAAUUAAUGGCUCCUGGUUUACCACUCCAAACCUUAUGGCAAUUCACAUAUACAUUCCUCUCUUGCUGCCAAAGGUUCAAGGUAGUUCAUUUCAGUUCCACUCAAGCAUUGAAAAGGUUCUCAUGGAGUCUGGGGUGUGCCCAGUGAAAAGGUGGGGACUUUGUAACUGUCCACAGACCUCUCUAUACCUGCUUUGCAAAAAUUACAAUGGAGUAACUAUUUUUAAAGCUUAUUUUUCAAUUAAUAUAAAAAGACAUUUAUUUUCACUCAAAUGGAUGUUGUUGUCUCCCUGUUGUCCCUUAAUCCCGUGUCUGCUUGAAUCUUGUUUUGUUUUUUAUUCUUCCCCACUUCUUGAUACUUUCUCUUUCCUGCUCAGGUCCCUUCAUUUGUACUUUGGAGUUUUUCCCAUGUAAAUUUGUACAAUGGAAAAUAUUGUUCAGUUUGGAUAGAAAGCAUGGAAAUUAAAUAAAAAGAUAGCUAAAAUUCAGAUUGAAGAAAUUUAUUUCUGUGUAAAGUUAUUUAAAAACUGUAUUAUAUAUAAAAGGCGAAAAAGUUCUAUGUAUUUGAUGUGAAUAUGCAAAUACUGCUAUAAUAAAGAUUGACUGCAUGG